CACUAGGUGAUGGUGUUGUCUACGAGCUGGAGGGUGUACUGUGUGCGUUCCCGCAGCAACAGGGAAGAUGGCUGCACUCGCAUCUCUCACCCAGCUGUCAAGUGGGAACCCUGUGUACGAGAACUUUUAUAGACAGGUGGACCCAGGAAACACGGGGAGAGUAGGGCCCACGGAAGCUGCGUUGUUCCUGAAGAAAUCGGGUCUUCCUGAUGUCACGUUGGGAAAGAUCUGGGAUUUGGCAGACCCAGAUGGGAAAGGGUUCUUGGACAAACGGGGGUUCUAUGUAGCUCUGCGGUUGGUGGCCUGUGCACAGAGCGGACAAGACGUCAGCCUCUCGAGUUUGAACCUCACUAUCCCUCCCCCCAAAUUUAAGGACACUAGCAGCCCAUCUCUCAGCACAUCAUCCGUCUCUAGUGAACCCCACUGGGCUGUGAGGCCUGAAGAAAAGGGUAAAUUCGACGGCAUAUUUGAAAGCCUUGCACCAGUCAGUGGACUCCUCUCUGGUGACAAAGUAAAACCAGUUCUAACCAACUCAAAACUACCUCUGGACGUGUUAGGAAAGGUUUGGGAUCUCAGUGACAUUGAUAAAGAUGGACAUCUGGAUCGAGAUGAAUUUGCGGUGGCCAUGCACCUGGUCUACCGGGCCUUGGAGAAGGAACCGGUCCCCUCUGUUCUCCCCUCCUCUCUCAUCCCUCCAAACAAGAGAAAGAAGUCAUUGGUGGGCUCCCUUCCUGGCAUGGUGCCCAUGUUGUCCGCCAGCCCCCCGCCCCCCAAGGACAGCCUGCGCUCCACCCCUUCCCACGGUAGCAUGAACUCCCUCAACAGCGCCGGCAGUCUCUCCCCCAAAUAUUCUCUAAAAUCUGCACAGCACUCAGUGAACUGGGUAGUCCCGGUGACAGACAGAGGGCGCUAUGAUGACAUCUUCCUGAAGACAGACUUGGAUGUAGAUGGCUUUGUCAGCGGCAUGGAAGUCAAGGACAUCUUCAUGCACUCAGGGCUGCCCCAGAAUCUACUGGCACACAUAUGGGCCCUGGCAGACACCAGGCAGAUGGGGAAGCUGACGCGGGAGCAGUUUGCUCUGGCCAUGCACUUCAUCCAGCAGAAAGUCAGCAAAGGCAUGGACCCUCCUCAGGCCCUGACCCCUGACAUGAUCCCCCCUUCAGAGAGGGGCACUCCCGUGCCAGUGUGUACCACUCCCUCCCAUAGUAUGUCUGGGUACAUGACUCCCGUGGGCUCUGAGGUGGCCGCUCUGUCUGAGAUGAGGCGGGACAGCUCCAGUUCUGUGGGGUCAGGGUCAGAGUUCACUGGAAUCAAGGAGCUGGACGACAUCAGUCAAGAGAUCGCUCAGCUGCAGAGGGAGAAGUAUACCUUGGAGCAGGACAUCAGAGAGACAGAGGAGGCCAUCCGACACAAGUCCUCGGAGGUGCAGGAGAUGCAGAACGACCUGGACAGAGAGACGUGCAGCUUGCAGGAGCUGGAGGCCCAGAAGCAGGAGGCCCAGGAGCGGCUGGAGGAGAUGGACCAGCAGAAGGCCAAGCUGGAGGACAUGCUCAACGACGUCCGGAUCAAGUGCAAUGAGGAGUCCCAAAUGAUUUCAUCCCUGCAGAAUCAGAUCCACUCCCAGGAGACUGACCUGCACAGCCAAGAAGAGGAGCUGAGUCGAGCCAAGGCAGACCUGAACCAGCUGCAGCUGGAGGAGAGCCAGCUGGAACAGAGCCUAACGGCUGGCAAGUUCCAACUGGAGACCAUCAUCAAGUCCCUCAAAGCCACCCAGGACGAGAUCAACCAGGCUCGCAGUAAGCUGUCUCAGAUCCAGGACAGCCAGCAGGAGAUGACUAAGAGCAUUGAGCAGUACAACAGCAACCUGAACGGGACCCACGGAGGCAGCAUGACCAACCUGGCUGACAUGAGCGAGGGAUUCCACAACCGCGAGAAUGGAGGUUUCGGAGCCAUGGAGGACCCAUUUAAGGUGAAGACAUCUGGGUUCUGUAGCGUCCCUCAGGAGAUGCACACAGACCCCUUCCACUCCGAAGACCCCUUCAAGACAGACCCGUUCAAAGGUGACCCCUUCCAAAACGACCCUUUUGCAAAGCAGCCAUCACUACCAGCGCCUCCAGAUCUCUCUCACCAUCCAGACCCCUUUGGGGGGGACCCAUUCAAAGAGACGGACCCCUUCAAAGCUACGUCGGAAGACUUCUUCAGGAAGACCACCGUCAAGGCAGACCCCUUCAGCACCCCCGACCCCUUCAGUAAAAGUGCCACGCUCCCCACCAAGACAAGUCACUUUACAACCAGCGCAGACCCUUUCAUAUCCAUUAGCCCAAAACCCACCAGAGGCCCAGGACCAGAUCUCUUUGGCACGCUCGACCCCUUUGGAAGCAGUACUGCCUUUGGAAGCAGUAACAGCUCAUUUGGCAGUAACAGUGGGUUCGCAGACUUCAGCCAAAUGUCAAAGGUCAGAGACCCGAUGGAAGGAAGAGGAGGCUUUCCAGAAUACCAGCAGUCUGGGUUCGUAGACGACCCCUUCAGUAGGAAGCAGGACGGCCCAGCUCUGCCGCCCAAGAAGAGCAUUCCACCCAGACCCAAACCACCCAGUGUAAAACACACAGAAGAACGUUGUAAAAGCACCCCCGUCAACAUGCCUGGAGGAGCGGGCGACUCGACCAAGCCCUGUGACCCCUUCCAGCCGUUUGGCAGUGACGGCAUCGACCCCUUUCAGAGUAAAAAGGGGGUCGGAGACCCGUUUAGUGGCAAAGAUCCUUUUGCUCCAUCUGCCUCAAGUAAAGCUUCUAAAGACUGUUCCUUGGGUUUUGCAGACUUCAGUUCUGGCCAGAAAAAGUUAAGUUUGGAAAUGAGGCCCAGCAACUGGAGUGGGCGAAGCGAGAGAGUGAGCGAGCGGAGCGGGAGCGGCUGAAGAGGCUCCGGCAGCAGGAGCAAGAGGACUUAGAGCUGGCCAUCGCUCUCAGCAAGGCCGAGAUGUCCCACGGGUGACCUGGACUGGACACACACAGACACACAUACAUAGAGAUAUGCACAAAUAGACAAACGCACACAUAGACAAACUCUUACUAGCGUUACUAGUUCAGACACUCACACACACACACACACACACACGCAUCACACAUUCGUAUACAACUCACAAACCGUACCCCACACACUGUGAAUCACACAUAGCUGGCCAUUUCCCUCGGGGCCGAUGUGCCCAAGACAUGACCGCUUCCUCAACCACACACACAGGCAUACGCCUGCAGACACAGACCACCGCUACAACACACAUACACACGCCACCUGAUACGCACACACAGAUACACACACCUCGCCACAUAUUCCCCAGACCGACAAACUCUCAAAGCAAAACAAUAGCAAAACAGAACUUUUGGGGUCGGCCUGGACCCGAUGUGGAAACGUAACUGGAUAUGACUUUACGGUGGGAGGUUGGAGUGGAGGGUGGGAGCCAGCAAUCACAAUCUCUCUUACUCUUUUUAAUUGAUAGGUGUGGAGGGGAACGGAUGAUGGCCCAUGGUUUGUGAAGGAGGUGAUGCGCUGUUUAAAUGCACUAUAGAGGCUGGCUUAACAUGUAAAGAUGAGCAGAAUAUGUGUCUGUCUGGUGAGGGAGCAUGGAUCCCCUCACUUGACCGACUAGAGCCCUGACAGAUGUGAAGAAGGGAAUAGCUAAAGGUUAUGGCGGGAUGCUUUUGAAGAUCGAGACAUUAUUUUAGUAUUGGUUUAUUAUGUGAAUGUGGUGAGCCAUGGGAGGAGUGCUGGAGGCUUCCCUGACUGGUUACUGCAAGUGUUGUGUGAGAGAGAGGUCUGCUUGGACCAGAACAAAUUGUACAGAUAUAUUUUCUUUCUCGCCGAGUGUGAGAUAGUAUAUGCAUUGUUUUUUACAAUAUUUCAGUGCUUCUUCAGCGAACAUAGGGAGAAGGAAUGGAUACUUAGUUGUGCCUCUUUUGACAGUUUAAGUAAGUUCAAAAGGCUGUGAUUUACACCAAACAACCACAAAAAAAGACUAGAUGAGGGAAAUUCUAGAUGAGGGAAAGUUUUACUAUGUUUUAUUAUAGAGGGUUUAAUUGCAGAUUUGUACGAUUUUUAUUUAAUUUAAUUAUGUGGUAAGUGUUAUUUUAUUAUUUGAUGUUGUAUUUGUUAAAGGACUGAAACAAUAUUGUUAAUUACAAUUCUAGUUGUAAGAACUGCAAAAAUGGAUAAACCUGCAAGCACACGCUGCAGAGGUCAAAUAAAGUAAGGCAUGGCCUGUGGUUUUCUUCGGGCUAACCAUCAAUGAUAUGCAAAUUCAUUAGGUCACGUAAGUUUCACAGCUAUAACGUGAAUAUUCAACGGUUUGCGGUACAGUGUGUCAUAGUUUGUUACAACUUUGAUUUAUUUUAGCCACAUUGUCUUUUACUUGAUUUUCUUGCAGAUGGUACUGCCUAGCACAUUAAACCUGUGGUUCUUACUUCACUUUCAAACUCAAAGGGCAAUUCCACCACUUUUCAAUCUCAUUUUCAUUAUCAACAGCGCAAUACCAGGGUUUACAUAUGUAAAAACGGCACUACAGAUGAAAUAAGUCACGAUGAACUUCGCAGGGUGGUGAAAGUGCACGCCACGGUGAUCUUGGUGCUCCUUUCCAAUAAAUAUCGAGGGUCUUAUUCUGGUGACAUGAUGAUCGAUGCUUGUCUGCCGUUUGACAAGUAAAAAUAUUCUCGCUGUUCAUAAUAAUGUCAUCAUGUCAACUAGCCUACCCACACUGUAUCUGCGAGCUGUUGGCUAGAGCUCUCGUGCCAAGACCAGAGUGGGGAAAUGUGCUAUUGAACGCAACAGUUUUUGUGACUAAACUAUCGGAAGAGUUGAAAAUGCGAUGGAAACACAUUCAACUUUAGAUUUUUAUUCAGUACACUUAAAACGAAAAAUGACAUUUUAUGUGCAUUGCGUACUGACUUUUGUCCACAACAAGUCCGUUUGGUGGAAACACACCCCUAGUGGGAAAAUGCGCAUAUUUUCUUUAUGCAGAUUUUUGAGUAUUCGCAUUAAAAUCUGUCGCCAAUUGGAUGGAAACCUAACUACAGAGAAGCAUUUUUUAGGACCUUUCUUCUUAUCUUUUUAACCACAGAUCAUAGAAACGCGUCCUUUUCACAUAUGUAGAGAAUGGUAUGGUGCUGGUCAUAAUGAAUAUGAGGUUGAAAAGUGGCAGAAUUGCCCUUUAAGCUUUGAAUUGAACUGAAUAGAGAUGAUGAUAAUAGUAGCUCAUAUGAAAAUGACAGUUGCACUCAUUUCCCCUUUGUUUUAUGUUCUCCUGUUGUAUUGAACUAUAUGUGUCCUACUGUACAUGUGUCCAUUACCUUUAAUAAGCUUCCAUGUAUUGCCAUUGUUGUCCCCUACUAUUGGAGUAGUCUGAGUGAAAAGACCUAUCCUGAGCCAUAUGUUGUGAAAAUGUAUUAUUAAAGCUACGUUCUCCUUUGGGUUGGGGAAGGACAUGAUUUAAGUUACAAUUCUGCGGUAUGGGCCAUUAACACUGCCACUAGGUGGAAAUUGCAACCAUCUCUCCCUGAUAUUUAUUUGUUUAUGUUUACAUAUCAAUCUUCUUUGCUGUAGUGGUUACAACAGUGUAAUAAUUUUCUAUGAGAAGAACCUGUUCUGGUACAGAUCUGACCUUUAAUCGGGCUGCUGUUUAUAGCUGAGGUAACUUGUGGUCGUCUGCAUUCAGCCCUGUGGUGUUUUAAUCACAGGUCAGACGCCGAAGCUUGGAAUGCCAACACUCCCGCCCUUACCCAGAAUGCUCUGUGUCAGAACCCCUGUAAUGUGUCCUCGGGUUAGGGGAAAUCCACAGUGAGUGUGCUUGGUUGGCUGUAGACCAGGCCACAGCUCUCUGUUCAUUGGUCACUUCAUGCCCCUUUUUAUACCUUGAACAUCCAUCCAUCCAUCCUUUCUUACUCCAUUCUUUGAAGUUAUCAUUGAUCUGUCACUAUUGGAUUGGUGAAAGAAAGGGUUCCAUGAUGUACCCCAAUCACCCAUCUAAUCAUGUCAGAUUAGGGAGGCAGGAUGGAAGGAUGCAUUUUGAGACUAUUGAAACAGGGCCCAAGUGUUCUCUCAUCCACUACCUAGUGUUCUCUACAUACUUACCACUCAUGCUGUAUUUUGUCUUUGAUACCACCAUUGUGCAAUAGAUUUUAUUUCUUAUUUUCUCGUUGUUCGGGUAUUCGAGUUUGAUCAUGUGUAUAGGGAUACAUGCAGAGGCCUGUAUAUCUAUUGUACAAGCCAGAUUGUAGAGGGCUUUUCUUUUGGUUUUCUGGUUUUCUGACAACUGAUCUGACUUCUAAAGCUUGGUGCAUUCCUUUUCCAUUUGGCCUGCCUUUGACUGUCCCUCUAUAGAUGAAAAUAAGAAAUAAUCCAGCUGUCUUUCUGCAUUGUAUAAGAUGUACACAAACUGUAUAUUAUGUCCGUUAUAUUUCUUUCAUGAGAAGUGGAAAAAUGUGUGUAACUUGAAACAGGAUAUAUGCAAAAAUACAAACGCUUGGAUUUAUUUGAAAUGCUAAUCCCCUGUACAUGGUCAUUGUUUACUAGAAUAAACAUUUCAGUUAAAUUGA